AUGUUUGAAGGUGGCCCUUGGUGGAUUCCUCCUGAGUUACCUUUGCUUGAUGAAGAUAGUGCAGAUCCGAUGUUUGAUACAGAUGAUGAAAUGGCAGAGCAGGAUAAUGUAACAAAAGGAACACUAGGACAAAUUGCCAAGCAAAGAUUAGGAAUUAUAUUACGUGAGGUAACUUUCCAAAGAGGAACCAUUGCUAGGGCCAUGACAUUUGCUAUUGAUCAUUCAGAUGCAGCUACAGAGGUUGUAGAUCUGCUGUGCAAAUCAAUACUUGCCGUUGAAUCGCCAUACUCUGUCAAAUUAGCAAGGCUUUAUCUCAUUUCAGAUGUUCUACAUAAUAGUAGUGUUCAUGUCUCAAACGCCUGGAAAUACAGAAAAGAGUUUGAAGCACAAUUACCUACCAUCUUCGAUCAUUUUAAUUCCAUAUACCGUUCGAUAAAUGCUCGACUAAAAGCAGAACAAGUGAGACGUCAUGUUACAACUGUUAUAAGUGUUUGGGAAAACUGGAUGAUUUUCCCAAAGUAUUACACAGAUCAGUUGAAAGAAAUCUUUUUGAAAAAGGACAAUAGCACGGCGUCAGCAACUUCAUCUCACAAUGCAGUGUCUAUUCCUGAAGAAGAAAGACAACCUAUGGAUGAUGUCGAUGGAGAACCUAUGGAUGAUAUCGACGGAGAACCAUUGAGUGAUAUCGAUGGAGAACCAAUGAAUGAUGUCGAUGGCAAGCAACCAAAAUCAAAAGAAGAAGCAAAUAAAGAUGAAGAAGAAGUCGGGGCAGAUGUCGAUGAUAUGUUCGCUUCUUGA